CAGUGUUAAAUACCUUAUCAUUGGUAAUGCUUCACAAUGGUAAUAUGCAAGUUGGACAGCGAGGUAUCGGGUGAAUUCUUGGGUUGGGAGUUGCCGACAUGGACAGCACUUCUCUUGCAUCGAGUCUUGCCUUCCUGCGCAGGUCUUGUCGUCUACCUCACACUGAUCUGCUUCGAUAUUGCUUUAGUAUGUGAACAUUUCCUGAGCAAUGAUCGUGGCAUCGGGAUUUUCCUGAUUAUUUUAAUGGUGUUACCUGCCUUGUUAAGCUUGGUAUUUACAUUAGCGUCACCACCUCCAGGACUACAGACUGAAGACUCGGCUAUUUCUAUUGAGAUAGAGAAAAACGAUUUAAAAUGGAUAUUUAUACAGAUUGGGAACUUUUUGUUAUUUCCGAUUGCUGCAAUUGGCAGAUACUGCCACCAAGUGUUCUGGUGGGUGGAAGCCGUUUGUGCAGCUCGAGACGAAGACGACGAACGUACCCGAAACGCCAUACAGAUAGCCAAGGCCCCUUCCCCGAUGGAGCUCUAUUUGUUCCUUCAGGCAUUUAUUCAUUCGGCUCCACAUAUCAUUGUGAACGUUUUGGACCUGAUGAACCGUUAUUCAGAUCCUAACUUCGAAAAAUUCUCCUUAGUAUGGGUGAGUGUAGUGAUGUCUUCAUUCCGGAUGGCUAGCACGGCCACUGUAUAUAGAAGGUUUGAACGCGAAAAACUUUGUGGUCGUCAUUAUCCAUGGAAGACUUAUUCGGAAGAGCUGGAAAACUCUGCAAAUGAAAAAACCGAACUAGUUAACAAAGUUGAAGAACAGAAACAAGAAACGGAAGAGGAAAAUAUUUACGAAACAUUAUCGCCACUUCAUCGAACGUCUGUAAUAUCACAAAGGUCGAACCACAGUAGAAGUAAGGCUACGAGCGAUAUGAUUCAGUUUUCUCCGCGCUCUAAUAUUACUGAACCGUUUUUCGAUGAUGAGGGAUGUUGUACCGAUUCAAGUUCCGAAUAUUUACCACCAAUACCUGUGAGCCAAGUAUCGCGUAGAACUUCUUCAUUAAAUAGCGAGGAUGAGUAUAUGAGGCCGAUUUCUAUAAUUGAGAGAGUCGCACCUCGUCGGAGAGACACACAAUACACUAUACAAGAAGUAUGCGUAACUCCGCCACCGGCUAUGCCUGCUCCUAGACCAGGCACUCUCUCGAUGUGGGCCGAGAAGUUAGUAGAGAAUGCGGAAUCUAUACCAACCUGGUUAUCCGCGCCUCCUCGGCGGAGACAUAUCGAAGAGAUUAAAGACGAGCCUGACGUCCCACGUCAUGUUCCCGGCCCUCUCAUCAUGCGGGGUCUCGAACCUCAAGACGCGUCAGCUGCACUAGUCCAUUUCCUAGGCUGGCACAUGUUCUUUAUCUCCCGACUGCUCUCUAUGGCAGCUUUUAUUAACUUUUUCCCUUUUGCUGCGAUCAUAGUUCUUUUCUCGCACUACCAAAUAAUUUUACUUCUUUUAAUAGUCCCUCAAGCUAGUACAGUGAGAAGGGGGUUUUACAUAUUUCUAGCAUUUAUUUAUUUAUUUUGUUUAAUGGAGUUUAAAAUUCGCUUCCGUCACGUGCGGGUAUGGCACGUGUUUUGGAUCAUAGUGUGUACUAUAGAGAUUGUGGUAUUCACGGGUCUGUGGGCCGGUAUAAACAAUAAAUUAAAUGAUUGGUGGCGUGAUUUUAUAGUAAAGAUAAUCAUCGGUAGCAUGCUGCUCAGCUUCAUGUGUUUUCUCGUGUAUUUUGUAUUAUUGAAACCUAGAGAGACUGUUGUGUAUGUAAAAAAUAAGAGUAACAUGGAACCUUAACACGGUUCAAAUAAUGAACACCACUACAAUGGUUA